AUGACUGAGGUUGGGCACGCCGACUUAUCGAGGCUCCUUCAAUCAAAGCGCAACGACUGCAAUGCAAUCGUAACGUCGAGAAAGAGAAAGCUGCGUGAGCUUUUUGCGGUCGCGACCCAUGUCGAGACCUUGCCGAACCAUGCAUUUGCUGGUCCUGACGCGCCAGUUGCAACACCGGCCGAAUGGCAAUUUUUGCAAGCCAACGACAUCUUGCAAGGAAAGCCGCUGGAUGAGCUUCACAUUCCGGCAAGGGCAAAGCCAUCGAUUGACAAGUUGAGACGCUCGCUUGCGUUGCAAAUAAGUGCUGCGACAACUCAGCCCGCUUCGAAGCCGACGCCGGUUCCAAUUCCAAUACCACUGCAUAGCAUCAAGAGGGAGUUGGUGGUAGCGCCCGCGCGACAACCAUCUAAUAUAUCUGCACCGAAGACGGUUGACGUCGUUGCGAAUGGCCGGCCAAACUCAACACCAGGUGGCUCGGCACAGGCAACGCCGGGCCUUUCAGCACAGAAAUCAUCGCACAGCCCGACAACUCCUGCGAAACCGGCUGCGUCUACGUCGACACCUCCGUUAGCUGCUGAGCCAGCUCCGAGUAUCAAGACCAAAAAAAGCAGCGUCUCGACAACCAACAAUGCGGCACGGCAACAGCGGCCCCAUGUCAAGUUUCCUCCAGUCACAAAAGAGUCUACCAGCAGUACAACAAAACACAAUGAUGCAACUUCAGUGUCGGUCACUCCAACACCUCUUCCGAUUAAGCCGGCCGCCGUGGCGUCGCUAAACAGCAGCGCAACGAAGGCGCCCCUAAGCAUCAAACUCCCCUCCGAGGCCAUAUCAUCACCCCCGUCGACUACUCGCACUGCGGCUACGCCGGCCGUACACGACGCUUUGACGGAUACCAGCCCCGGGAAAAAUAGUGUGCGAUCUGUUGACCGAACACGGCAACAGGACAAGCCAGAUGCCGCUGAAAAUGUCCGACACAAGCAGGAGAAGGUAUCGGAAGGUCAGGAGCACAGCUCAGGCGCCGAGGAUCAGCUUCUUCAAGAAUCCAUCAGAUCGAGCACGACAUCUGCGACAUCCGCGACAUCCCAGACACCCGAAGAGACGACGAAAUCUUCCAUGGUUGACAAUGCUCCAAAGCAUGAAUCCCCGGCUAGCGAACCGAAGAAACACAGCGCCACUGAGGUUCCUGAUAGUCAGGAUAGUUCUACUACCAAGACGGACCCCGAAGCCACAGAGACGCCGUCAACGCAAGCCCAAACUCAGAAUCUUGUGACUCGCGAUUCUAAAUCACCGUCCCAUGGCGAGUCGCAGCCCUCCACUGCAUUUGUUAAAAUGGAGCAGACUGCCCAACCCCCCGCGCCGGAGAGAGCUGUGACGCGCGUGUCCUCGGGGGCCAUGCGAUUAAAGUCCGUGACCGAAAUUGUCGGAGGUGGCGCCAUACCGCGUCCUUCCCUCACCGUAGAUCGGAACAUGACCAAGGGACCACACGAUCAGCUCACACCCGUCACUUCGACUCCACAAUCUCCGGCAUCCAGGGUUAGAAAUGGGCAUAAACGAGAUCGAUCCAAGGGCCAGGUGUCAACGGUCUUGUUCGGGAAACAACCAAAGCGAGUUGAUGAAAAGUCCGUUGUGUCGGGCCACAAGGAGAUUUUGCAGCCAACAGACGACUACUACACUUCACUCUUCGUGCAAAACUUCACCGGUGCUUCCAAGUGGAUGCAACCGCUGGAACGGAUUUUGUUUCAAGCGAAUAAAACCAUCGCCACUCCCGAUGCCAAUGUUGUCAUCCAAGACCACCAGGCUUGCAAGGUGCUGAGGCGAGUAUACCACUUGCAACAGCACGACAAGUGGUCUCUGCGUCAACUCAAGCGCUGCCCUGAGCCGACAAGGCCCCCAACACAAUGGGACACGCUACUGAAGGAGAUGAAAUGGAUGCGGACUGAUUUUCGGGAAGAACGUAAGUGGAAGAUGGCAGUUGCCCGGAACCUUGCCUACGCCUGCGCAGAAUGGCACGAAGCAUCCUACGAUGAGCGGAAGCAGAUGCAGGUUCGUGCUGCGAUCCCUCCGCAGGCCGAAACGGUAGAAGCGGAUGUCUCCAUGACGGACGUGGAUGGAGAAGGGCUGGACAAUCAGUCGACUCCUGAGCUGAUGUCGUCUGGCGAUGCAGACUCUCCGCAGCCAGUGGAGGAACUCGCCGACGAGUUUGUGGAACCUGUUCCGCCCUCGGCCAUUUUCACGCUACAAGAGGACGAUGUUGUGUUUGGGUUGCGACGAACAACUGCUUCGGAUGCACUACUUGAUGAGCUUCCAAUGUACGGCUCACCGCUCAAGGUGUUGAGAGCGGACAUGACGAACCCCGAGUAUGACCCCGACGCCCACUGGCGGCGUCCUGCCUUACCGCUGAGCAAGUAUGUAGAAGGUGAAAUGAAGCCUGUGACAUUCACGCCUCCGCGCAAACGCAGCAGAUUCAGUUACGAGAAUGAGGAGUCGGACGACGAGCGGGAGGGCGCGUUUGCGGUCGAACAAACCGUGCAGAAGGCUGAGCUGCCGGCAACCACUGACGAGGUUGCCCUGUUCCAUCCCGACUCGAAGCACAUCAGAGACCGGCUACAUGCAGGACACCAGUUCAGGCCACCCUCGGAACACCCAAUGCCUGUGCAGAGCUUCUACGAGUCUCGCGGGUCAUCGCAGUGGACUUUGCUGGAGGAUGACGAGCUGCGGGGCCUCGUUCGCGAGUAUUCGUACAAUUGGUCACUGAUUUCGAACCUGUUGUCGACCAAAUCCAGUUUUCAGUCGGGAGCUGAGAGACGCACGCCUUGGGAGUGCUUUGAACGAUGGAUCAACCUCGAAGGUCUCCCAGCAGACAUGCAGAAGACGCAGUAUUUCAAGGCAUACAACAGCAGGAUAGAGGCGGCUCAGCGAGUCGUUUCUCAACAGAACCAAAUUGCUGCACAACAGGCCAAUGCCGCCGGCAGUGCCAUGGCGCCUGUCCGCAGGAGACCGUCGGUGCCGCUGCGAGUUGAGAGGCGGCGUAACCAGAAGCACUUGAGUCUCCUUGACGCAAUGAGAAAACUGGCCAAGAAGAGAGAAACGACGAUUCAAAAACAGCAACACUCGGCGUCGCAAAACUCAGCCAGCAAGAAGGCCAACGACAUCAUCUCGCAACGGCAGAAGAAGACGCCUCGAGAUUACAGUCUCCUCCGAUUCGAACGCGAUCAGGCUGUCGCGGAGAAGGUGGCGCAAUUCGCGCAGCAGCGACAAGAGGCCCAGCGACGAGCUGCUCUGCAAGCCAGGGCUCAGGGCCAGGCAGCCCAAGCAGCUCAAGCGGCGGCGGCGGCUGGAGGACAGACGCAACAAAACGGAAGUCAUGUUGCGGCCGGCAACGUCCCGGCGGGAGGUGUUUCCCGCCCAAGUAUCCCGAAUCAACUCGCAGCCACGGCUGCCGCCGCCACCCAGCGGCCCCGGAUGCCCAUGCAAGCUCCGGUCAACGGGGUGGGCGUUGCUGGUGUACAGGCCCAGAUGAAUGGCGGACUCGCGGUUGCCGGCCAGAUGGCGGCCGUCCAGCAGGCCCAGCUGCAAGCCGCGAUGCAGGGCCAGCAGAGGAUGCCGAUGCCGAACCAGCAGCCGGACUCCAACUUGAUGCUUCGUGCUCAGCGCAUCUCCGAGCAGCAAAGGGUUCAGAUCCAGCAAGCUCAGCAGCAGCAGCAGGUCCAGCCUCAUCAGCAGCAUCAGCAGCUUCAACAACAACUGCAACAGCAACUUCAACAGCAGCAGCAGACCAACGGCGCCGCAGUCGGCACCCCCGGACAGCACGGCUCGCCUCCCCUGCGCAAUGGCAUCAAUGGAAUCAACCAACAAAACUACAUGACCGCCGGGCAGGCCGUCACGGCCCAGUACGGUGCGGCUGCCAACGCCAACGUCAACGCCAACGCCAACGCCAACGCCAACGGGCAUGCGUCGCCGCCAACCAAUGGUCUGCAUAUGCCCGUCCCUGCCAACGGCAGCUCCCCCGGCCAGAGAGUUCACCCUCAACUUCCCGCCAGCAUCGCCGCGCAGCUUGCUCAGCUAGAAGCGCAGUUGAGGGCGAAGAACCCCAAUCUUCCGCCUGAGCAAGUACGCCAAGUCGCGACAGAACACCUCACGAGAGCCAUGAUGGCACAGCGCCAAUCUGCCAUGACUGCUGCUGCCGGGGGAAAUGGACAGCCCGGUCUUGCCAACGGCAUCGCCGCAACCACCAGCCCUCACCAAUAUGCCGCUCUCCUUCGACAACAGCAGCAGGCCGCCGCACUUCAGGCAAAGGCGCAGCAGGCGCAGCAGGCGCAGCAGGCACAGCAGGCACAGCAACAGGGGCAGCAGGUCCAGCAGGUCCAGCAGGUCCAGCAGGCGCAACAGGCGCAACAGCGUGCUGGGAGCCAGGCAUCUCCCACGCCGGUCCCUGUGCCCAGUCCUGCGCGGUCGCAGUCGCAGUCGCAGCCUCGUCAAUCCAGCGGUAGCGCCACUCCCGCGGGGGCCCGAUAA